AAAACAUUGAGCGUAGACGUAAUAAUCUAAACCUAUAGAGCUAGACAUCCGACGUGUGAUUCACGGUUGUUUGAUCUUCAAUCUGGCUGUGGCAUAGGCAGCAGAUAAAAAAUUUAGUCUCUAGUUUGCUCACUUCCGUUCUGCUGAUGAUGAAAUGACGAGGAGUGGAGGAGAGUUCGAAUCUGUUCUAAAUAAAGGAAAGUAAAUUACAGCUGCUCCUCCUCAAUUGUCUGGUCCCACUUACAAAUUUCCAAAUUUCGUAAUUUCUCGUCGUCGAAAUAUAAGUGUAAACCGUGAUGCAUAUUUCUUAUUUUUUCAAUUCAAGCAUCAAAUAUAGUAAAAGUGAGUGAAGGGACGAUUUCGUUUUGUAUAAAUUCAAUCGGAUUAAAUUGUUCGCGACAUUCAUAAUACCUUGAAACUUUCAGUUCAUAGUUUAUAUGAACGAGUUGCUGAAUCUGAUUCAGAACCAGCCAGAAUAACAGUGAACAGCUGUCAAGAAUAAUUCAAUUGAAGUGGAUUUUAAGAUAAUACUACGUGAUUGUAUAGUCAUAGUCUAAUUACAUUAAAGUUUUGCAGAAAAUAAUGCUAGAGCUAGCAUGUAGAAACGAAAUAUGUUACUAAAAUAUAUUAUGAAGUGCUAAAUUGCUGAACGAAUUUCAAUAACCAUUGAAUGACACCGUGAAUUCUAUUCGGCAGCCGCUGACGCUACGGCGAAGAAUAAUCUGUAAUAAACUUUUAAAUUUCGAAUGUGAACAGUAAAAUCUUAGGACGUACAUCAAACAAUAAGGCUUUCAAUAUUUUGCCAUUAUAUGGAUAGAGAACAAAAACAAUUGGUGGACAAAAUGACGCAACUAACGCAAGAUGAGAUUGUGAGCAGUACCAAGACCGUCAUCUCUGGUUUAGAAUCCCUAAAAAUCGAACAUCAUGCAGAUCUUCAAGCAUUGGAACCCUCCGUGAAUCACAAGUCUCAAGAUUCGGGCAACAGUGACACCAUUCUUGCAUUUGAGAAAACAGAUAUACUUCACAAAUCCUUGGAGAUGAUAGAUAUCGGGAUUGAGGAAGCUAAGGUUAUGGUCGCACUUGCUACACACAUGCAAAUAACAGAGGCAGAAAAGCAAAAAUUACGAACACAAGUAAAGCGAUUGUGUCAAGAAAACGCCUGGUUGAGAGAUGAAUUAGCAACUACUCAGCAGCGGUUACAAGCAUCCGAACAAUUGGUUGCCCAAUUAGAAGAAGAAAAAAAGGGACUCGAAUUUUUCAAUUCAAUAAAAAAAUAUGACCAAGAUAAUGAAGAGAGCACAAUGGAAUCUUCAUCACGUUCAGAAAAUAAAUCAGAAGCGGAUCCCGUCAUGGACUUGUUCCCUGAUGAUGACAACGACGACAGGGCAAUGUCGCCCACUCCUCCAAGUCAGUUUGUGCAACAAGCGAGUGCCGGCUACGAAAUUCCUGCUAGAUUAAGGACCCUUCACAACCUCGUCAUCCAAUAUGCGUCGCAAGGGCGAUAUGAGGUUGCAGUUCCUCUUUGUAAACAAGCUUUAGAGGACUUGGAAAGGACAUCUGGUCGAGAUCAUCCUGAUGUCGCGACAAUGCUCAAUAUACUUGCAUUGGUUUACAGGGAUCAAAAUAAAUACAAGGAAGCUGCAAAGCUAUUGAACGAUGCAUUGGCUAUCAGAGAAAAGACUCUUGGCGAAAACCAUCCAGCAGUUGCAGCAACUUUAAAUAAUUUAGCAGUAUUGUAUGGUAAACGUGGUAAAUACAAGGACGCAGAACCAUUGUGCAAGCGUGCACUAGAAAUUCGAGAAAAAGUGCUGGGAAAUACUCACCCGGAUGUGGCGAAACAAUUGAACAAUUUGGCUUUAUUAUGUCAGAAUCAGGGUAAAUACGAGGAAGUGGAAAGAUACUACAGACGUGCAUUAGAAAUAUAUGAAUCCAAACUUGGUCCAGACGAUCCAAAUGUGGCCAAAACCAAAAACAAUUUAGCUUCCUGUUACCUAAAACAAGGAAAAUACAAGGAAGCAGAAAUAUUGUACAAACAAGUACUAACCAGGGCACAUGAAAAAGAAUAUGGUGCAAUAGACAAUGAUAACAAACCCAUUUGGCAAGUGGCUGAGGAGAGAGAAGAGAAUAAAUCCAAGAAUAAGGAAGGUUCUGCUGCUGACUAUGGUGUCUGGCAUAAAACUGCAAAAGUAGACUCACCGACUGUCACGACCACAUUAAAAAAUUUGGGAUUUUUAUAUCGACGGCAAGGAAAGUAUGAAGCUGCUGAAACUGUUGAAGAAUGUGCAAUGCGUUCCAGAAAAGAGGCUCUUGACGUAAUUAAGCAAGCCAAAAUGGCGCAAAUUCUAGGCCCGGAAGGUGGUGGUGUACUUACCCCACAAGAAAAACGAAGAAGUUUGCAGGCUCAAACUUCUCGUGAUCGUAGUCGUCGAGGAUCUCGAGAAUCCUUGGACUCAUGUCAGUACGACGCGGGGGAUGAGCAUGAAAAGGGCAGGCCACCAGCAAAAUCGGAGUCUGGACUCGUGGCAUAAUAUGCGGAAGGCAAGCUCAAUGUCGGUACUUAAUCCAGAAGAGCAGAUUUCUUCCGAAAUUAUAAAAUAUUUACCAAAAAAGAGUUCCGAAUGGCCGCGCCAAAGACCCCAAUAAUUGUGACCCCCCUAAAUCUACACUCCUCAGCACUAGGAAUCGGACCUGACUUUUUCAAGCAAACUGACCACAUGAGUAGACAUUUUAUUUGUGUAUUAUUUAUGUUGACGAAAAGUAUUCAGUUGUUACCAUUUAAUUCUAUUUUUAAUAACCAGAGUUGUGCAAAAGAGAUGAGGGUAUAAUAUAUAUGAUAGACAUUUUGUUUUUGUACGUUGCAUUUUAAAAUUUCAUACCUUUUAUUGUUUUUACAUUCCGUUGACCGUUUUACUAGUCUUGUCCGUCGUACUUGCAGAUUAUUUAUAUUCACUUUUCAACUUUAUGAUUUCACUAAUUGUUAACUACUAUAUUCACCAAUAUAUGAUAUGAUUCCCCUGAAUGCACGCAAAUUACGCAGUACCGGAACUAUGUAUGCAAGCAGAACUACUGUUGAUAGUUAGUACAUAUACAUAAACUGAAAUUGACUGAUGAUUGAUAGUAUUUUUGAAGGUGAUGGUCUAUAUUAGCAAACUUUUGGACGCAUUUGGAAGCUGUCGUUUACAAUUUUACGUUAAUAUUUUUAAUGCAAUUUUACGUCCUUUAAUUGUUACUAUUAUGUUUCUGCCGGUAGUGAUAUUGUGUUGAAAUAUGCUUAUAAUUCUAAUUAGUUUAGUGGAUUGCAGUAUGCAUUGAGGUAAUAAUGAAGUUAAUGUGAAAAUGCUACAUUGUCAAUAAGUGCCUGGAUGAAUGUCUAAUGUCGAAACUAUUGAUAGAUGACUACCCAGCCCAUUGGGGAAAGUUUUAUUAGGGUAUUUUACAUGGUCCAGCCAGCAUAUAUGUAUGUAGAUACUAGAUAAUAAUUGUAAUUUAUAACGUUUGACACACUGAACAAUGUAAUAUUUGUUUUUGGUACUACCAACUUGGUAGUAGUUUUGAGGGGAGUUUGUAACUUAUCACUUCUUUGGAAAUAUACUGGAAUAAAGCAGCUUUGCUUGUAAAAUCAUUUAA